AUGAGAACUGUGCGCAUACUAACCAAAGCGUACAUUCGUAUCACAGUUGCCGCCAUCCUUAUGGCCUCUUUGAUCGCUCUGAGCCUACUUGAAUUCGGCUCCACACCUAUUCGUAGUGCAAUUUGCCGUUCUAUAUACCCCGAAUAUGCGAGUAAAACAGUAUACACUACCGACCUCGCUCCGUCUAUUAAUGCUUCGUCACUUAUGGCCCAUUUUCUUGCGAUCCGAGAGGGAAGGGCGGUUUCUUCUUCGAUAGUCCCAGGCGAGAUUAUUCAUCAAAGCUGGAAGGCGCAAGACGUGCCCCCCGUCUAUCAUUCACUAGUGACAUCAUGGCGAUCCGCAUACUCAAAGUGGACUUACGUACUAUGGGACAAUGGUGACAAUCGGGCCCUAGUUGAAACUUUCUAUCCGGAAUGGCUUAAAGCUUAUGAAGCCUUACCCUCUGAUAUCUAUCGAGCCCACUUUACACGGAGUUUGUAUAUGUACACUUUUGGCGGGAUAUACGCUGAUAUUGACUCCGAAGCGGUCUCUCCUUUGGACACUCUAGUAAAAGCGCAAAGGUUCACAGGUGCUCCAACAGCAUUCCUGGGUACAAUGGAAACCUCAUCCCACAAACUGCACGGAAUACCGAACGCAUUUAUGGCUGCUUCGGCUCCCGGGCAUCCUUUAUGGCUUAUAGCCGCGCAAGACGCCGUUGAUUGGGCUCGAGCGAGAAGCUGGGAUCAUUCCGUUCCAGCUCCGGGGCCUGAAUAUAUCUCUGGUUCAGUUUCGUUACGACGAUCCAUCAUCAAUUACUCGCCCUCCGUACUCCGGUCCCCCGUCGGCGCAGAAAAUAACGCGUUUCAUCCUACUUCCAACGAAGCUAUUGCUCCUGUGGUGCUGUUUUCACCCGAGGUUAUCUAUCCUUUUGCUUGGGAUCGGCCACGACCGCAUGUCUUGACCGCAGCUCAAGAAUGUGUAUGCUGGAUGGCACUGUCGACAUUCAACCCAGAAAGAUGUAAGCAGAUGACUGGGGCGCGAUGGGUUGUGCACUACUGGAAACGCAACUGGAAACUCUGA